AAACACAAAAAAUGGAAAUGGACGCAGACCUAACAAAUCAGGCGAUUGCCGAGCUAAUGCGCGAGAUCGAAGGUGCAAAUGCCAGUGUCAGCACCUCGAAACAAAGCGAACGCAAAGUGAAUCCUCUGGGCAAACUAAACAAACGCUUCUUAGGCCGCACCAUAAACACCGCGAUUCGGCAUAAUGAUAGAGAAAAGGAGCGCACACAGGCAAAUUGCCGACAGAAGCUGCAGGAUCUGGAUGAUGUGCACGAAAGGAGGAAGUCCAACUACUUUUACAGCCGCGAUGCACCCAGAACUCAAAGUGUUGAUAGAAGCAGAAGUUCCAGCAGAAGGCGCAGCAGGAGCCGCCACAAAAAGGCCAAGAAGCAUCGCAGCCGAAGAAGAACUAGGAGCAGCAGAAGUUCAAGCCGCAGUCGAAGUCGCAGCAGUUCACAUCGGCGAAAAAAGCGCAAAAAGAAGGUUAAAAAACACAAAAAAUCACACAGAAGACGAAGAAGCAGCCAGAGCAGCAGCGGUUGCGAUUGGGAAUCCGCACCCAGCGAGUCGUUACGUAUACCCCCGCCUUCAGAUGUGUUCCUAAACCACUCCAAGCAAAUGGCUCUUGCAGUGGCCAUGGCCUAUGGUCAAUUACUAAACCCGAGCAGCCAAAAGAAAGCCAGCGAGUCUAAGGAACACUCCUCCUCUCCUAUAAGCGAUAUAUUCCGGGAACUUAUGUCCGACGAAGAGGUGGACAAAUCCGAGAAGCCCGAGGCCCUGUCCAUUUCAUCCAGCGACGAAGAGCCAAAUGUUCUCACCAUUAAAGUAAGCUCGAGCUCCGAGUCCAGCGGCAAUAAAUCAAGCUCGGACUCAGAUUCAGAAGCAAAGAACAGCGUACGCAGCUGUAUAACCCUAGAAUCUGGUGAUAAUAGUGAUAUUGAGAUAAUUGAGUACCAUGAAGAGCCCAAAAAAAAGGCAUGUGAAACUGAACCUGCGUCUGAACCUGAAUAUCCGUCUCAAUCGGAUAGCACAAAUCAACAAGUGGACGAUAGCACAGCUGUCACUACAGUGGACCUGACCGAGGAUUAAUUAGGCUAAACUUUAGUUAGAGAAUCGUUAUGUAAGAUCAGAAUGAAAUUUUAAAGGAAACAAACUGAAGUUGAACCAAACU